AUGCCACCACCUUCUAAUAUUCUUUACAUAGGUCAUGUGCCUUUUGACUGGGAUGAAGAAACUGUUAAAUCGGUUGUUGCUGGUUCUGGUCCUAUAAUUGAUGUUAGAUUAGGUUUCGAUUUUGCUGGUAAAAAUAAAGGUUUUUGCUUUGUUGAAUAUCAAACACCGCAACAAGCUCAAAAAGCUCAAUCAUUAUUAAGUCAAAUUUUAUUAAGAAGUGAUACUGGUCCUAUGAGAAAAUUAAGAGUUGAAUCUUCAAAAGAAGGUUUUAAAUCAAACAAUAUUCCACCUGAAUCAAGACGUGUUUUACAAUUAAGAAGAACAAAAUUACCUGAUAAUGUAAGAUUACCACAAGAAAUGUUGAAUGUUUUACCAAAAGAUUCUACUACAAUGAAUGUUAAUAAUAGAGUGAUACCACCUCCACAACAACAACAACAACAACAACAACAACAAAAUUCUUAUAUUCCAACAUCAACCUCAUCACCAUCAUCGACUACUCAAAUGUCACCAAAUUUAACUCAUGCUUCAAAAACUUUACCAUUUGUUUCACCAUUACCAUUUUCAACUUCUGAUAAAAUAGAUAUAAUAUUAAGUAAAGUUAAUCCAACAAUGUUAAUUGAAGUUAUUGCAAAUAUGAAAAAUGCUUUACAAAAUGAACCAAAUAAAGUUUAUGAUUAUUUUACAAAUCCAAACCUUGCACCUUCAGCUGCUCAAGCUUUAUUAUUAAUGGGUUUUAUAGAUAAUGACGUAUUGGCUGAAACUAAUAAAUCAUCAAAUUCAACACCUCAACCAGCUUUUAAUACAACUCAUCAACAAUUUAGACAAUCGACACCUCAAUAUCAACAACCUCAACAAUUUCAACAAUUUCAACAGUAUCAACAAUUUCCACAACAACAAUAUCAAAAUUAUCAGCAAUAUCACCAACCCUCACCACCUCCACCACCGCCACCACAGCAACAACAACAACAACAACAAUUUCCAUCAAUGGUUUUUCAAUUACCACCACAAGUUCAAAUGAAACUACAGCUGUUAGGUCCACAAGCAGCAAAUACAACUGCACAACUCUUAUUAUUGUCUGAAGAACAAAUUAUGAAGUUACCAUUUGAUCAACAACAAUCUGUCAGAAACAUAAAACAACAAUACCUAAGUUAA